AUGAAGUCACUUGAGGUUUUACUCUUAGAUAGGAACAAUCUUUCUGGUCCAAUUCCAACAACACUAGGUGACUUAACUAAGCUCAAGACUUUGUACCUUUAUUCUAACCAACUUUCUGGUUUUAUUCCUAGAGAGUUGGGAAAUUUGAAAAGCCUCAUUUUUUUGGAUUUAUCAAUUAAUCAUCUUACUAGUCCUAUUCCUAGUGAGUUGGGGAAUCUGAUAAAUCUCAUAGAGAUAGAUUUAUCUAAAACUCAACUUACUGGUUCAAUUCCGAUUACUAUAGGUGACUUAACUGAGCUCAAAAUUCUAUACCUUUUUUCUAACCAACUUUCUGGUUUUAUUCCUAGAGAGUUGGGAAAUUUGAAAAGCCUCACUUUUUUGGAUUUAUCAAUUAAUCAUCUUACUGGUCCUAUUCCUAGUAAGUUGGGGAAUCUGAUAAAUCUCACAGAGAUAGAUUUAUCUAAAACUCAACUUACUGGUUCAAUUCCGAUUACUAUAGGUGACUUAACUGAGCUCAAAAUUCUAUACCUUUUUUCUAACCAACUUUCUGGUUUUAUUCCUAGAGAGUUGGGAAAUUUGAAAAGCCUCACUUAUUUGGAUUUAUCCACUAAUCAACUUACAGGUCCUAUUCCUAGUGAGUUGGGGAAUAUGAUAAAUCUCACAGAGAUAGAUUUAUCUAACAGUCAACUUACUGGUUCAAUUCCGAUUACUAUAGGUAACUUAACUGAGCUCAAAAUUUUAUACCUAUUUUCUAACCAACUUUCUAGUUUUAUUCCUAGAGAGUUGGGAAAUUUGAAAAGCCUCACUGAUUUGGAUUUAUCCACUAAUCAUUUUACUGGUCUGAUUCCUAGUGUGUUGGGGAAUCUGAUAAAUCUCACAGAGAUGGAUUUAUCUAAAAGUCAACUUACUGGUUCAAUUCCAAUUACUAUUGAUGACUUAACUGAGCUCAAAUUUCUAUACCUUUUCUCUAACCAACUUUCUGGUCCCAUACCUAGUGAGUUGGGUAAUUUGAAGAACCUCAAUGGUCUGUCCUUAUACGAAAAUCAACUUACUGGUCCAAUUCCUGCUUCUUUUGGCAAUUUGAGAAGCUUGCAAUUUUUGUAUCUCAAUGCCAACAAACUUACUAGUCCAAUUCCUGCUUCCUUUGGCAAUUUGAGAAACUUGCAAUUUUUGUAUGUGAGUGCCAACAAACUUUCUGGUUCUAUUCCAAAAGAACUUUCAUAUUUGGAUAACUUGGAAGAGCUGAUAAUAAGUGAAAAUCAGUUUUCAGGUCAUUUGCCUGAGCAUCUUUGCCAAGGUGGGAAACUUGAGAACUUUACGGUGAAUAGUAACAAGUUGUCUGGGCCAAUACCAAGAAGCAUGUCCACGUGCUCGAGUUUCAAAAGGGUUCGCUUUGAUAACAACAGUUUUACUGGAAAUUUAUCUGAAGCUUUUGGUAUCUAUCCGGAGCUGCAAUUUAUUAAUUUGAGCAAAAAUGAUUUUCAUGGUGAACUUAGUAGCAACUGGGGGAAAUGCAAGAAGUUGACUGAUUUUCGAGUAGCCAGAAAUAGAAUUAGUGGUCACAUACCACCAGAGAUUGGAAAUCUCAAAGGUCUUCAAGGACUAGAUCUUUCAGCAAAUCAUUUGGUUGGGAAGAUCCCUAGGGAACUUGGAAAAUUGACCUCUCUAGUUAAUCUAUUUUUGCAAAACAACCAGAUUUCUGGCAAUAUUCCUAUGGAACUUGGAUCAAUGACAAAGUUAGAAUCCCUUGAUCUAUCAAACAAUAUGUUGAAUGGGUCGAUCCCAAUGUUUAUAAGAGAUUACAUACACUUGUUUCAGUUGAACCUGAGCAACAACAAAUUUGGCCAAAAUAUUCCAAUGGAGAUAGGGAAGAUAACUCAGCUUAAUGUACUUGAUUUGAGCUAUAAUCUUCUGGUUGGAGAUAUAUCCCCUCAGUUAGCCAAUUUGAAGGUUUUGGUAAACUUAAACCUUUCCCACAAUGGCCUAUCUGGGCGAUGUCGUAUUGUCAUACAAUGA